AGGGCGGAAGGGGAAAAACUUUAUUUUUUCUCUCAUUCUCUUCGGGGGCUGAAGUGGAGGACAGGCUACUGCGCCAGCGCGGGGCUUCUGGGAAAGAACCAGCACGACCCCAGCUCGCUGCGCGCCGAGGAGCUGGGCCCUGGAGUCCCGAAGGGGCGCCCGGCAUGUGGGACCCUCAGGACUUUGAGCGCCACUGGCAGGCCGAGUUCCCCGGGGAGGAGGCGCCAGUCAUGCGGCUGGACUCGGUGCUAGACAUGGAGCAGGAGCUGGAGCGCUGCAAGCUGAACCUAAAGCGGCUGCAACAGGUGUUGGCAGAGGAGAAGUUUAAAGUCUUCUACCUGCAGGCGGCCCUGGCCGGGGAGAAGCCGGAGCUCGGCUGCGGGCGCCGGGAAGCUUCGGCAGAGGAACCGGCGCCUGUAGCGCCGGAGUCGGCGCAGCCACCGCGUGAGGAGGAAGGCUCAGCAGGCGGCGGCGGAGACCCCCUGGGUCUCGCGCGUCUUGACCCAGAGGUGGCCGCCAAGGCCGAGACUUCUCCGUACGUGUGCAUGGACCUUCCCACCUGGCCCGGGGCGGCGGGGGCCGGGGGAGCCGUGCGCAGCUUGACCGCCGCGAUCCACCACCAGCUGCUGCAGCCUCGCCUCCUCUUCAGGCCCCGGGAAGACUGUGCACCCCCCGGUCACGAUGGCACAAUUCCCAGCACCCCGGGAGAGGAGCGGUCCUCUGGGACCCGCGCGGGGCGGGGCUCGGAGGAGGGCGAGCCGGACGCCUCCGGGGCGGACGAUGGGGGCGACAGCAGUGACCACGACUUCGAGAUGGUGGAUUUGAAUGAGAAAUUCGUCCUAGGCCACUUGCUCGUGGCCCCCUGCCGGUUCGGGACUCGCGAUGAGUCCGAAAAGCCGGCGCGGGCGUGCAGCCCCCAUCGCUGGAUGAACCUGAUCCCUGGGGGCCGGCGGCAGCAGCGCCAGAGCCGAGACCUAGAGCAGUUGGAGUCGGAGGCCAAGGACGGGAGGGGCUCGCCUCUAGCAGUGGAUGAGCCCCCACGGCGCGGGGCCCGCGAGCACCUCCCACCGUGGCGGCGCAAGAGGUUCUUGAGGGUGCCGGAGCGAGACUCACCCAGUCACAGCUCGCCGGAGAGAGGCAGUGACUGCAGCCGCAACAGUUCGGACCACGAAGACGGCUGCUCUGCAGAUUUCAGCUACGGGGCAGACGACUACGACGGAGAGGGGAAUGAGGAGCAGAAGGGGCCCCCGGAGGGCUCGGAGACCAUGCCGUACAUCGACGAGUCACCCACCAUGUCGCCCCAGCUCAGCACCCGCAACCAGGGCGGCGGGGAAAGCAUCUCCCCCACCCCACCUGAGGGGCUGGCACCUGCGGUGGAAGCUGGGAAAGGCCUGGAGAUGAGGAAGCUGGUUCUCUCGGGGUUCCUGGCCAGCGAAGAGAUCUACAUUAACCAGCUGGAAGCCCUGUUGCUGCCCAUGAAACCCCUGAAGGCCACAGCCACCACCUCCCAGCCUGUGCUCACCAUCCAGCAGAUCGAAACCAUCUUCUACAAGAUCCAGGACAUCUAUGAGAUCCAUAAAGAGUUCUAUGACAACCUCUGCCCCAAAGUGCAGCAGUGGGACAGCCAGGUCACCAUGGGCCAUCUCUUCCAGAAGCUGGCCAGCCAGCUGGGCGUGUACAAAGCGUUUGUGGAUAACUAUAAAGUCGCUCUGGAGACAGCUGAGAAGUGCAGCCAGUCCAACAACCAAUUUCAGAAGAUCUCUGAGGUGGGCAUCUCCCUGCACAGCCACCCCUAUGACUCAGGGCUUUGGGGGCUUCUCAGAGCCUUCCAGCCAUUAGGCCUCUCCUUUCGUCCUUGCCAGUUAGGAAACUGGUUCCUGUUGGCUGGGCUGCUGAUGGGAGCCAGGGAGCGAUGGCUGCAUGCUCCUGCUGCCGGGACAGAGGCUGCCAUGGAAAUUCUGUUCAUCAUUCGCUUCUGCUGUAACUGCACCUAUGCUCUGCUCUACAAGCCCAUUGACCGCGUCACCAGAAGUACCCUGGUCCUACAUGACCUGCUGAAGCACACACCUGUGGACCACCCAGACUACCCGCUGCUGCAGGACGCCCUCCGCAUCUCUCAGAACUUCCUGUCCAGCAUCAACGAGGACAUUGACCCCCGCCGGACUGCGGUCACAACCCCCAAGGGGGAGACGCGGCAGCUGGUGAAGGACGGCUUCCUGGUGGAAGUGUCAGAGGGUUCCCGGAAGCUGCGGCACGUCUUCCUCUUUACAGAUGUCCUACUGUGCGCCAAGCUAAAGAAGACAUCCGCAGGAAAGCACCAGCAAUAUGACUGCAAAUGGUACAUCCCCCUGGCCGACCUCGUGUUUCCGUCUCCCGAGGAGUCGGAGGCCAGUCCCCAUGUGCACCCCUUCCCAGACCAUGAGCUAGAGGACAUGAAAAUGAAGAUCUCUGCCCUCAAGAGUGAAAUCCAGAAGGAGAAAGCCAACAAAGGACAGAGCCGAGCCAUUGAGCGCCUGAAAAAGAAGAUGUUUGAGAAUGAGUUCUUGCUGCUGCUCAAUUCCCCCACAAUCCCGUUUCGGAUCCACAAUCGGAAUGGAAAGAGCUACCUGUUCCUAUUGUCCUCGGACUAUGAGAGGUCAGAGUGGAGAGAAGCAAUUCAGAAACUACAGAAGAAGGAUCUCCAGGCCUUCGUCCUGAGUUCAGUGGAGCUGCAGGUGCUCACGGGAUCCUGUUUCAAACUUAGGACUGUACACAACAUUCCUGUCACCAGCAAUAAAGACGACGAUGAGUCUCCAGGACUCUAUGGCUUCCUUCAUGUCAUCGUCCACUCUGCCAAGGGGUUUAAGCAGUCAGCCAACCUGUACUGCACCCUGGAAGUGGAUUCCUAUGGCUAUUUUGUCAGCAAAGCCAAAACCAGGGUAUUUCGGGACACGACAGAGCCCAAGUGGGACGAGGAGUUUGAGAUUGAGCUGGAGGGCUCUCAGUCCCUGAGGAUCCUGUGCUAUGAGAAGUGCUAUGACAAGACCAAGGUCAACAAGGACAACAACGAGAUCGUGGACAAGAUCAUGGGCAAAGGGCAGAUCCAGUUGGAUCCACAAACUGUAGAAACCAAGAACUGGCACACAGACGUGAUAGAGAUGAACGGGAUCAAAGUGGAAUUCUCCAUGAAAUUCACCAGCCGAGAUAUGAGCCUGAAGCGGACCCCAUCCAAGAAGCAGACGGGCGUCUUUGGUGUGAAGAUCAGCGUGGUGACUAAGAGGGAGCGCUCCAAGGUGCCAUACAUCGUCCGGCAGUGUGUGGAGGAGGUGGAGAAGAGGGGCAUCGAGGAGGUCGGCAUCUACCGGAUAUCAGGGGUGGCCACGGACAUCCAGGCGCUAAAGGCCGUCUUUGAUGCCAAUAACAAGGACAUCCUGCUGAUGCUGAGUGACAUGGACAUCAAUGCCAUCGCCGGCACCCUCAAGCUCUACUUCCGGGAGCUGCCCGAGCCCCUCCUCACAGACCGACUUUACCCUGCCUUCAUGGAAGGCAUUGCCCUGUCAGACCCUGCUGCCAAGGAAAACUGCAUGAUGCACCUGCUCCGCUCCCUGCCCGACCCCAACCUCAUCACCUUCCUCUUCCUGCUGGAACACUUGAAAAGGGUUGCUGAGAAGGAGCCCAUCAACAAAAUGUCCCUUCACAAUCUGGCUACUGUGUUUGGCCCCACGUUACUGAGACCCUCAGAAGUGGAGAGCAAAGCACACCUCACAUCGGCUGCAGACAUCUGGUCUCAUGAUGUCAUGGCACAGGUCCAGGUCCUCCUCUACUACCUGCAGCACCCCCCCAUCUCCUUCGCAGAACUGAAGCGGAACACACUGUACUUCUCCACCGACGUGUAGCCCCAGGUGGGAGCAGCUGUAAGGGGAUGGCCCGAGCCAGCCUCUCCAGCCAGGGGACCCAACACAGACUUGAAAAGACUACAAUAGAAAACUCCCAAACCCAGCACUCCAGACUCCAAGGGACGUAGAUUUCCAAGAACUGGAAUACGUGCAUCUUUUGUGCCACCUUGUACAAAGCCAGCUGACCCAGCCCCCAGCCUCACCGCCGCACCCCGGGCUCCUGCCCUCUCUGUACCUCUAGUUGUGUCUAAUGCUCCGUGCUGUUCGGGACUUGUUUUAUGUCUAUUUGUCAUGCAGAAAAGGUAGUGACCGAUCUGGUAUGGGCACACAGACGACCUGCUUUGUUGUUUCAUUUCCUCCAACACUUUCUUUCCUCCUGAGUCCAGUCCAAGAGCUUUUAUUUGGCGCUCUGUAACUGCUGCCAGCUUAUCCUCUCUGGCCCUGCUCCCAGAUCGCAGUCUCUUGGCAGCCUCCCCUCGGUUUUCUCCACCCUUGCCUCCCUCCCAGCCUGCCCGCAUGCAUGUGCAGCCUCGGUUUUCGCUCCAUCACCUUGAGCGUUCUGAGAAGGUCCUGGGCGGCGGCGGCCGCAGUGGCCGUCAGGUGCUGCUGCGUGCCGCCCACCCCCACCCCGGCCCUCUCCUUGUCUUCCACCUGUGGAAGCACACCUGCUUUGCCUUGCAGCUUGUGCAACUGUUGGACAAGGAGACAGACAGACUCUAAUCCUCAGCUUAGCCCAGAGCUGGAGAGCACAUUUCUGGAAUUUUCCACCUGAGAAUCUCCAUUUCUGGGGUUUAUCUGUUCUGUCUCCUGCCCACCCAUGAGGCAUCUUGACUGUUUCUUCUACUGCUUUUCAGUUCCUUUUCCCCCUUGGUGGUCUAUUUCCUUUGAGUACGAAGACUCGCAAGUGACCUAUGGAGAUAGCCAGAGGGUCAGGAAAGAAUCGGGGCAGGCGGAGAGGCAGCCGCUGAGGAAACAAGACCAUUUGAAUGUUCAGAGGAGUGCCCUGCAGCACUGGGUGUCCCUGAGUUGGAGGAAGCCACUGUCAGCAGCAAGGACUUGUAGUGGCUUUUCGAGUGGCGCCAGACCUCUAGGAAGGCAGCUAUGGCUGAAGCAGGUGUCCAGAUACAGGCAGGCUCCAUCCAGGAGGCGAGCCUUUCCUGGCACCUCACGUACCUUGGGGUACCUUUGCCUUAGAUUUUACACACAUUCUCCACAGCCAAGCACUGCCACGGGGCAGCCCCACAGCCACAUGUGCUCCGGGGCCUGGGAAAGGCAGGCACAGUCCAGCAGUCGCCAGCCAUCACGGUGCUGCCUCCCCACCCCUGGCUUCUAGAUGCGGCCUUCCAGGUGAACUCGAGGAAACACCACAAGUUAGAGAAGGAUGAGGAGUCGCAGGCACGCGCCUGCCUCUUUUGGGACUGGGUUUUGCUGAGGACCCUCGUUGUUGACACUGCUCUAGAGUUGGGGAUCAGCUCUAAGGGGGUCCAUUCCCAACUUUGAGACCCAUUGCUCAGUACGGGAGUGAGAAGUAGCCCCAAAUACUUGUUUCUUCCCAUGCGAGCAGCAGCUGCCAGCCUAUGGCGGUUAUCUUGGAAGGGCAGACAGUCGCGGGCUGCAGGCGCUUGAGCUGUAGUGCAAGCUCCCUGGCUCUCCUCUGUGGCAGAGAGUAGAUUCGAGGACCUCAGGAUUGGAGAGAACAGCUGCCAUAGCUUGAGCUCAGCGCUGUUGUGAAGAAGGGUUUGCUGGCGCUACAGCUGUAGCACUUGCUCGCUGAGAGGCAAGGCCUUUUCUGGUCUUGUUGACACCUGUCGCCCACUCUUGGGCAGAACGGUACACAUCAGAGGAAAGAGCUGCCCAAGUUAGCAGCUUAGCUAGGCACCCUGCUCCCUGGGGCAGGAGGUGGGGAAAGAACUUGAUCCCAGUGCCUGGCCAUUCCCGGAGUCUCUGCUCGGCACUCAGGAGGUGGUACGCGGCAUGGAAGGCUCUUGCUUCCAAAGCCAUUGAUGGUAAUGAACUGGAGGCCCAGCUAGAGCUAGUUACAGCCAAACAUGGGUGCCUCCCACCUCCCCAAAAACGAGGGAUGUUUGCUUUUCGGCACCAGGUAACUACUGCAGCCCCCAGGAUUGCUUAAGCAGUGUGAGAACAGGAGGAAACCUAGAAGGGAUAAAAUGCAAAAAGCUUAGAAUAUUUAUAAAUUCCACCCCUAGAGUGGGGAGGGGCGGGUACCAGACCUGGAUUAAGUUGCACCAAGGAAAUAGCCCAUGGGUUCUCCUGAGACAGGGACUGUGCAGUGCAGACCCCCAGCCACUGUGCCCAGCAGGGCAGGCUGUGCCAACAGGGGCCCAGCAGACGGGCUACAGGAACCCUUGCUGGCAAUGGCUGUGGGCUGCCGGUUGUUGCUGAUACAGGUAGGAUGGGACCCUUCAUUAAUAUUUGACUUCAAUAAGUUGGUAAGGAUAUAUUUUUUUGUCUAUGUUCUGUUUCAACUUAUGUAGAUUAUUAUAAAUGGAUGUAAACCACAUGAGAAGAAAAUGUUAAUAAAAAAAAAUGCAAAGCCCCAACAUUUGCACACAACUCA